GAGGCGACGCGAGGUCGGCCUGGGCGCCCGGCCGCCGGGGUCCGCGUGUCCGCCUCGCCCCCGGCUCGCGGCCGGCCUCUGCCCGCCGCCAUGCCCAUGAAGGGCCGCUUCCCCAUUCGCCGCACCCUGCAGUACCUGGGCCAGGGCGACGUGGUGUUCAAGGACUCGGUGAAGGUCAUGACGGUGAAUUACAACACGCACGGGGAGCUGGGCGAGGGCGCCAGGAAAUUUGUGUUUUUCAACGUUCCCCAGAUCCAGUACCGAAAUCCCUGGGUGCAGAUCAUGAUGUUCAAGAACAUGACGCCGUCGCCCUUCCUGCGUUUCUACCUGGAUUCUGGGGAGCAGGUCCUGGUGGAUGUGGAAACCAAGAGCAAUAAGGAAAUCAUGGCACACAUCCGAAGGAUCUUGGGGAAGAGCGAGGAAACACUCAAGAAAGAGGAGCAGGAGAAAAAGCAGCUCUCUCACCCAGCCAACUUUGGCCCCCGGAAGUACUGCCUGCGGGAGUGCAUGUGUGAGGUGGAAGGGCAGGUGCCCUGCCCAGGCCUGGUUCCAUUACCCAAGGAGAUGACAGGGAAGUACAAAGCUGCCCUGAAGGCCAGUGCCCAGGACUGAGGCCCAGGGCCCCUCUGCUUGGAGCGGCGGCUCUGACCUUGGUGG